GUUUCAUACGGCGCUCGUGCUACGAACGUUUCAGUCUGUUCGUAAUUGCAAACGGCUGGCUACCUUUCUUUUAUUCAUUUCUAUUAAAUUAAUUUCAUUACAUUUUAUCGAUUAAUAUGGGCAUACAUAUAUGCAGACACAAACGCUGUACUUUAUCUACGGGCAUUAGAUAUACGGGGCGGAGUUUGCACCUGCGCAUUUGGCUACGGUGCAACACCACGGUGCUCAACGCGGCGCGACAUUUAGUGGUUCGACGGUUGUUGGAUUAUUGCGAUGCUGAGGAUUGGAAUAAGAAAAUAUGUUUUAUAUUGAUAAUUCCUAUGCUUUCUGGGAUUACCCGAUGCACUAACACAAAAAGUAGCACUUUAUAUUCGGACGGACAAGCCGUGGGCAUUAUCCAUUAUCUACGGACAUUAUCUACGGGACGCACCUUGCGCCUGCGCAUUUGCCUACGGUGCAGCACAAGACCGUAUGAAAUGCUUUGCGACGUUAGUCAAACAAGUGGAAGCGGCGCGAUAUGGCCCGACGCGUCACAUGGCCCAGCGCACAGUAUGUGAGCUCAGUGUUAUGCAGCUAAUCAGUCCAUGUCGCCCUCCGAGGAAGAAUCCAGAACGCGUUAACACCUGUUGUUUAUUCGAUAUGUUUGCGGGACGUGUCGGUAGUGGAGUCUGAUUACGCAAACAACACAUCAACGUGGCCAGGGCGCUACGCUGCACGCCUUCGGGAAAUUUCCUCGUUCCGCAUUAGGCAACUAGCGUUCAAGUUAAUCGUCCCUCGCGAUUACCCAAAGCUGAUAAACCGCGUGGGCGCCAAAGAGAUUUCCUCAAUCGUUGAAGUAAUAAUCGAUGUUUGCCAACACCCAUGAGCAAUUUGAUUUGUAUUAUGAAACAACACUGAAAUAAAUCAUUUGGUUCAA